GGAUCACGUGGUGCAGAUCCCCUCACCCCGGACGGCAACGGUAGCGGCGGGUCGGGGAUGAUGAUGAUGAUGGCGGUGGCGCGAUGGGCGAGCGGAGCGGCUAGGAGGCCGUUCAACCAUCCGGCCCAGGCGUUCCCUGUGGCAGCGUCCAGUCGCCGAGGGUCCUCUGCAUUUGUCACCCAACAAUCAAUUCCUCCUCCAGCCAUGUACGGAGGCCGGCACACUGUCACGAUGAUCCCGGGUGACGGAAUUGGCCCUGAACUGAUGCGGCACGUCCGAGAUGUGUUCAGGUGUGCCUGUGUACCCGUCGACUUCGAGGUGGUUGACGUCCAUCCUUCGCUCGACAACAAAGCCGGCAUCGAGGGUGUGAUGACUGCCAUUCGGAGGAACCGCGUUGCACUAAAGGGAAAUAUUGAAACCAACCACAACAUGCCCCCAUCGCACAAGUCCAGUAACAACCUACUGCGGACCAGCCUGGACCUUUACGCCAACGUGAUCCACUGCCAGAGCCUGCCCGGCAUCCAGACCAGGCACCAGGGCAUCGACAUCCUCAUCAUCCGGGAGAACACCGAGGGGGAAUACAGCAACCUGGAGCACGAGAGCGUGACUGGAGUGGUGGAGAGCCUGAAGAUCAUCACCGAGCAUAAUUCGAGACGCAUCGCGGAGUACGCAUUCGAGCUGGCCCGGUCCAAGGGGAGGAAGAAGGUUACAGCUGUGCACAAGGCCAAUAUCAUGAAGCUCGCCGAUGGCCUCUUCCUGCAGUGCUGCAAAGAGGUGGCCGAGCGCUACCCCGACAUUACCUUUGACAGCAUGAUCGUAGACAACACCACCAUGCAGCUGGUCUCGAAGCCGCAGCAGUUCGACGUCAUGGUGAUGCCCAACCUCUACGGCAACGUGGUGAGCAACGUCUGCGCCGGCCUUGUCGGGGGACCCGGGCUAGCGCCGGGCGCCAACUACGGCAAGGAUUACGCGGUGUUUGAAACGGGCACCAGAAACACUGGGAAGAGCAUCGCCAACAAGAACAUCGCGAAUCCCACCGCCAUGCUGCUGGCCGGCUGCCUAAUGCUCGACCACCUCAAGCUGCAUAACUUUGCAACUUUGAUCCGGAAUGCUGUUCUGAUCACCAUGAACGAACACAGAUUACACACUCCUGAUAUCGGGGGAAUGGGGACCACAAUGGAGGUUGUCCAGGCCAUAACCCAGCUUAUCCAGAAUGGAGGAAGCAGACCAACGCUGGCAUAAAACCGGGAGAGGAGGAGAGAGGGGCCACCUAGGGUCACUAUCCCGCCGUCUCCUCUCCCGACAACGUGCAAGACGUUUCUCCCUGGCUGCUGUGUCCCGGCGCGUUCCUCGUUCACCGCGGAGAGGGUGGGGAGGGAGGGCUGCUGGGGC